CCCGACUUCACGGACCCAAGCCACGAAUGGUGGGCCCAGCCAUCGGACGGCUGCUUGGUUCCACUCGUGCUUCAGUGCGGCCAACAGCCGGACCUUCUGCCCGAGACAUCAAGAUGGUCGCGUCUGGGGAAGUCAUCGUCCCGAAUCUCACCAUUAUUACGCGUCUCUUACUGGGCCGGCUCAUCUUUGUUUGUUCCUGGCACAAGGAAGUACAACGUCAGCCUGUUCACACUAGCAGUGACGACGCUGAAACUGCUCGUGGCUUGGCCGGUUCUUUGCAUGCUGGUCUGCUGGGCGGGUAAUCUUGGUACGACGACACAGCAGCUUGUCGACGCUCGCAACAAAAAGGACUCACGUUACGAUAACGUAUGCGUUCUCUCAAGGGAGGGAAGUGGUCAGAAGAGACCGUUCUCAAAUCGACAUGCGAUAGAGCAGGAUGCCAUUCUUUCUGGUCCCCUGCAAGAAGCAAGGGCCCCGCCGUCUGAGCAGCAAUACACCGACAAUAUCAGGUUGAGCGGGUUUUUGCCGCCCUCAGGGCCGCGUGUCGACAACUCGCCGACCUCUCUUCGUCCACGAUAUCUAUGCUUUGUUAAGGACUUUGAACAAGGCAUAUACGAGACAGUCAAGGUUUCCGACUACCUCGAGCAGCAUGGAGAUGACGUAGACUUAGAGUUUGUCUUCGUCUCAUACACCAGGCUCCAGUUCAGGGUGGCUACUGAGGAGGAGCUCAACAAGCACGACUACCCAGACGAGGCCACUAGGGACGCUAACAAAGAAGUCGCACGACAGGAUCGAGAGAUAUUGGCCAAGUGGGGCAUGGAUGCCGCGAAAAGGGUGGGGAAGAGGGCAUUCUGGCUCGACUUCGAGUGUGUUAGGAACGACGACGGCAUCGCACGAUCCACGAGCAGCAGUCAGGACGUCUACCGAAUUUGCGACAUUGUUCGCGCGGCACAUUCCAUGAUCAUUGCCAUCGGACCACCCGCCAACGAUAAGGUAGCCUCAGUCCUUGCUGAUUCGGAGCCCCCUGAGUACAAGCGUGAGAACGUCACGCCAUGGCUGCGACAGUGGGGAUCGCGCCUGUGGACGCUGCCGGAACUUCUACUUUGCCCAGCGGAAUAUCGCAUACGACUCUAUGUCCUCGGAGACCCUACGGAACCCAAGGAGCUGGCGAAACGCAACUUCGCUGAGCGGGCGUGGGAUGAUGCGGAGGCUGUGAAGGAACUUGUGGACCAUUUCGAAGGAUCAGCGAUUCUUACCGACCUUCGACUCAUCGAAGCUGCGCUUGCUUGUUUCUCGAGGCGCCAGACGGAUCAGUUCAACAAGGGAGACAUCGCAUAUGCAACAAUGGGUCUCUUCCCCAACCGUCAUCGACCUCCAGUGAACAAAGAAGACUCCGGGUUCCAGGCCUUUGCCAAGCUCUCCAUUGCUAAUGACAGCGGAGCCUUUCUCAGCAGGUUGAUAUCUCUCUCUCCGCCAGACGGGGCUCCAUGGCACCAGGUAGAGGAUACCUGGGGUGCCAGACUCAGCGAAAUCUUCCCAAGCGUCAGCAUAUCAGGCGUGGUCGGCGCUGACACAGUCAUGCUGGACAAGGUAUACGGUGCGACGAUUCAUUGGGAUAACAUCGAACCUGAGCCUUACUUCGACCGGAGCUUCGGGAUGCGUUAUGUCGUCUUCGUUGGCUUCUCAUAUUUCGCAUGUUUCUCCAUCCCAAUGGCGUUUUCUCUCUUCACUGGCAUUGCCAACAUCGUGCUCUCGGACUUUAUGCGAUUGUCGAUCUGGCAGGUCUACAUGUGGCUCCUUCCUCUUGCAUUGGUCUUUGCUUUAUUGUUCCCAAUAGUGUUGAUCUCAACGCGAGGCAGAGUCAAACAGCCAGCCAAGUCCCGGCUCAUCGGCAUAGAGGGCAUUGUCGACUCUGCGAGCAUUGAGAAGCACCUUUGGGGUUUCAAUCAUGGCAAUCUCACCGCUACGAAUCCGCAGCACUACACCGAUGAAGCUGAUCUCCGAGCUCUCUCGACAUCAAGCCAGUCCUCCGGGCCUUCUAUUGGAAGUGGCAGUUUUGCUUUCACUCUGGUGGAUACGUACUUGAUGACGGUCACACACUUUCAAUGCCAUCUGCCCCCGGUCGCCAUCCUCGAAUGCGGUUCCGAAGGCGGUCUGCAGCGAACUCUUCUCUGCUCUUACGACGCUCGCACGAACACCUUCCACAGGCAAGCUGUUUUAAGAGUGAAUCGUCGGGGGGUUGAGCAGCUGCACCGGAUUGAUCGGAUUCGACUAUCACUGGCACCCCACCCUCGACACAAUAAGCAGACCCCUGACACCAUACAAGAUAUGUCGUCAUCCUCUUUCCCUAGUGACGAUCCGGAACCCAUACGAGUGCAGAACAACGCUGUCAAGACUACGAGUCUUAUCAACGGUUCCCGCACAUGGAAGGUGGAGUUUCUAUUCUUCGCACUAUGCCUUGCCGGAUCGAGCACACUCGGCCCAUAUUCCUCCAAGGCACCCAUCUUUCACGUGUCUUUCCUCCUGGGCCAACUGCCAGGCUUCAUCCUGCUGCAGUAUUUGUCACUUAGCCAUGUCACCAUCUGCACUUUUGCAGCGAACGGUAUUUACUCAAGACGGGGGCUGUUUCACGGUACUGCCGUGCUGCUUUCUAGUGUUCACGGUAUUCUCAAGGGUUGCCUCGCGGUAACGCUCGUCAAGUACAUGAUAUCAUGGUACCCCCUCAAGGAGUUGCCGCUGCGCUUCCUCUUCUGGAACGUCGCAUUCGCGGGACUGAUUAGUUUGCUUGGGUCAUUGCCAGAGAUCACCUUCCAUGGCAUUUCCUUGACUCUCGACAUCGGCGGUAUCAUCUUCUUCGCCAACAUUAUUCUGCUUUACUCCACUAUACAGGCCGGUUUCUCAAAUAUCCUCGGAGGGCCGAAGGAUGUCACUUGGCUCCCUCCGCAUCAAAAGCUCUACUACUCACGGCAUGCGGCUGCGGAUUCUUUUCAUGCCAAAGCAGCGGAGGCCGUGUGGUGGAACCACCAGCAAUCGCUCCCCAACGCUCUGCAGUUGUUUCUGGUCUUUUCCAUCGCCCUGGCAAUGUCUCUUACCUCUCAAGGUGUUAUCCACGAAGACCCUGUCAGCGGAGCGGGUGCCGUCUGCAUGGCCAUCUGCGCUGGCCUUUUGAUCUACAGAAUACCAUUGAUGCUCUUCGUUGUUAUGGUUUCAGUUGCGACGAUUUCAGGACUCUUCAGUAUCCUUACGGCUUCUGGCUUCAGCUUUCUCGAAGCUGUCCCUUUCCAGAUGCUUGGACGGAACAAUGAGUUCACACUACCUCUCCUUUGGGCCUUUCUGGUUCAGAAAUCGACACCGUGGCCCGGAGCUCUGGGAUCCGUAUCCUUGUCAUGGAUAGGCUGGGCAGCCGGCCAGAUAAUCAUGGACUACACUGAGAGUGUCUCGACCUUUGCUGCUCAACUACCUCUGCUUAUUGGACAGACGAUCUUAUGGGCACUAUUAUGGGUUGUGUGUGGGCGCGAGAAUUGGAUCAGAUUGCCUGAGCGGAUGCGAGACAUCUUUGCGACAACGGAUGGAGACAUUGAAGAUCAAGACGCUGAGCGGAGAGAGGACAGUUAGGAGUUGGUAUUGGAUAAGUACAAAGAAUCCUCUUGUAGCUUGUUGAUCAUUGACAAUCUUCUUUGUAUCCUCAUGGCUUACGGUCCCAUCCGAACAGUCCGGGCUUCGAGUUCGAGCUUCCCUCAAGAUGAGGAGGACCGGUUUGCCAGAAAAGAUGGCAGAUACAUCGUGUCCCAAGUGAUCUGCGCCGGCAAUCUGAAAGCCUCUAGACUGGUAUCAGACCGUCUUCGAGCUCCAUUUCGGCAAUUUCCUGGGAAACACGCCGUCAGCCACCUCUCAGAGUUGGAAAAGCCACAAAGUCCAGCCGAUGAGACGAGACCGGUUGUCUGCCCCCCCCCCC